GGUUGAGUGCAGUAAUUUUUCUUUUAUUGGUUUUUACAUACUUCACUUAAAAGAAUGGAACAAAACUCCACAAUGCUGGGCAAAAUAAUUGAGGUGUCUUGCUCUAUUAAGUCUGCUCUUAAAGACAAAAACUUUGAUGUUACACUGAAACCAUAUCUAACUGUAGAAGAAAAAAGGCUUGCUGCUGCUGGUGAUCCAUGUGGAUGUAUGGAGCAAUAUUUUACUCCAAAUGAAGACCUAAAACAGAUGUUGGAAAGCAGUAAAGAUUCUGCAAAGCUGGAUGCUAUGAAAAGGAUUGUUGGGAUGAUUGCAAAGGGAAAAAAUGCUUCUGAGCUGUUUCCUGCUGUUGUGAAGAAUGUUGCCAGUAAAAAUAUUGAGAUAAAAAAGCUUGUGUACGUUUAUCUGAUGCGCUAUGCAGAGGAGCAGCAAGAUCUAGCAUUAUUGUCCAUCAGUACUUUCCAGCGUGCUUUAAAAGAUCCUAAUCAGUUAAUCCGUGCAAGUGCUUUAAGAGUUUUAUCCAGUAUACGUGUCCCAAUUAUUGUUCCUAUUAUGAUGCUUGCUAUUAAGGAAGCUUCUUCUGAUUUAUCUCCUUAUGUGAGAAAGAAUGCAGCCCAUGCCAUCCAAAAACUGUACAGUCUUGACCCAGACCAAAAGGAAAUGCUGAUUGAAGUGAUAGAAAAGCUUUUAAAGGAUAGAAGUACGCUGGUAGCUGGGAGCGUGGUGAUGGCAUUUGAGGAAGUAUGUCCAGAUAGAAUAGAUCUGAUUCACAAGAACUACCGAAAGCUCUGUAACUUGCUGGUUGAUGUGGAAGAGUGGGGUCAAGUUGUCAUUAUCCACAUGUUAACUCGGUACGCACGCACACAGUUUGUAAGUCCAUGGAAGGUUGAUGAAGUGGUGGAUGAAUAUAGUGAAAAUAAUUUCUAUGAAUCUGAUGAAGAACAGAAAGAGAAGGAUCAGAAAUUGAAAACCACCUAUACUAUGGACCCAGAUCACAGGCUGCUGUUACGAAAUACAAAGCCUCUGCUUCAAAGCCGAAACGCUGCUGUGGUAAUGGCAGUUGCACAGCUUUACUGGCAUUUGGCACCAAAAUCUGAAGCUGGUAUUGUUUCUAAGUCAUUGGUGCGUUUACUCCGUAGUAACAGGGAGGUACAGUAUAUUGUGCUGCAAAAUAUUGCCACUAUGUCGAUUCAAAGAAAGGGCAUGUUUGAACCUUAUCUGAAGAGUUUCUAUGUUAGAUCAACUGAUCCAACUAUGAUCAAAACACUCAAGCUUGAAAUCUUGACAAAUUUAGCAAAUGAGGCCAACAUAUCAACUCUGCUUCGAGAAUUUCAGACUUACGUGAAAAGCCAAGAUAAGCAGUUUGCUGCAGCUACAAUUCAGGCUAUAGGCAGAUGUGCAACUAACAUCACUGAAGUGACUGACACCUGCCUUAACGGCCUCGUCUGUUUGCUGUCCAACAGGGAUGAAAUCGUAGUUGCUGAAAGUGUUGUUGUCAUUAAGAAACUGCUGCAAACCCAGCCGGCACACCAUGGUGAAAUUAUUAAGCAUAUGGCCAAACUCUUGGAUAACAUUACAGUUCCAGUAGCCAGAGCCAGCAUUCUCUGGCUCAUCGGUGAGUACUGUGAACGGGUUCCAAAGAUCGCACCUGAUGUUCUGAGAAAGACAGCCAAGAGCUUCACAAAUGAAGAUGACCUUGUGAAGUUGCAAAUCUUAAAUUUGGGUGCAAAACUCUAUUUAACAAAUUCAAAGCAGACAAAAUUGCUUACCCAGUAUGUAUUAAAUCUAGGCAAGUAUGAUCAAAGCUACGACAUCAGAGACCGUACAAGAUUUAUUAGGCAGCUUAUUGUUCCGAAUGAGAAGAGUGGAGCUUUAAGCAAAUAUGCCAAAAAAAUAUUUCUGGCACAGAAACCUGCCCCAUUGCUUGAGUCUCCUUUUAAAGAUCGGGAUCAUUUCCAGCUUGGCACCUUGUCUCACACACUGAACAGCCGAGCCACUGGGUACCUGGAGCUGUCUGACUGGCCAGAGGUGGCACCUGACCCCUCCGUCCGAAAUGUUGAUGUGGCUGAGUCGGCAAAGGAAUGGACUGGAAUUCUAGGCAAGCCAAAGAAGGAGAAACCUACUGAAAAGUUCUACUCUGAAUCAGAAGAGGAGGAAGAUGAGUCUGCCAGUACCAGUUCAUCAGGGAGUGGGUCUGACAGUGAAAGUGAGAAGGAAGAUAAAGAGGAAGGCAGCACUGAUGAGAGUAGUGGGAGUUCCUCUCCCAGUGAGGAAUCAACUGACAGUGAAUCAGACAGCAAAGAAAGUGCUGCUAAGAAAACAUGUAGAGCUGUCAAUGAAAGUGAUUCAGAGGAUAUUAAAAAGAAAGCAGAGGGAAUUUCCAAAAAGAGAAGGACAUCCAGUUCCUCUGAUACAGAGUACACUUCAUCAGAAGAAUGUUCUUCAAGCUCCAAGUCAGAAUCUGACUCUAAAAGUGACUCUGAGUCUGGAAAAUCUAGAAAUGCUUCCUCUAAUAAGGAAAUGUGAGGACUGCUAGCAUAAAGAAGCUUUUUCUAUUUUAAAACAGCAGAAUAUGUGAAGUCAAAUGCACUGAAUAUGAGAACUGGAAUGUCCAAGAAGCUUUGGAUUGAAUUGUUGAAGUCAAUGGAAAGUUGUCAAGGCCUUGGAUUUUAAGAGAAAGAACAUUGCAGUAGUUCUGAAGUCUUACUUGCUUAAGAAGCACCUAAAAGGAAGUGUGUUAGGAACAAGAAGUAUUUUUAAACAGUUGACAGAAGAGUUGAUAAGAGUAAAGGAUAGAAGGAAAAAUUGCAAAGCUAUUAAACAUCACAAAA